AGUUUUCUCGCGCUGCGCGGCGCAGCGCCUGGACCCCGCCCGCAGGCGGGUUGCGGCGGCGCGCGGGCCUGAUGCCCGCUGGGCCGCCGGCCGAGCCUAGCAGCUGCGGCUGGCGCCGUGCAGCACCCGGUGCUGGCGGCCUCGCCGCGCCCCCCGGCCAUGGGAAGGAAGAGGGCGUUCCCAGUGGAGAUCGGCCUUCCGAAGCUUCGGGCAGCCCUCAGGAAGCCGGCCGCAGCAGAGCUCCCCAGAUCGAGUCCGAAUAGAUAUAAGCAGAUCGCGCGGGCAACCGGGACCAAAGUAGAGAAAUGUUCCUGGACCAAGUUGCGACACUAUUUCGGGAAGUACGCGAAGGGGGAGACGCAGCAGCAAGUGACAGCAGCGAUCCUGGCUACCCUGGUCGUGGCCGUCGAGGCGCGGCGGCUGCUGGCGGGCUCCCUCGCGGACGCGCCCUUCCAGACCCGCUUCCUCGACGUCGGUGGCGGCGCCAUCACCCAGGCCCUGGAGGCCAAGGCGCAGGGGGGGAAUACCCUAGGGUCCACUAUAGACGCUAUGCACUGUCAUAACGUCCGCAUCGUCCAUGACAGGCCCUUCGAGCCCCUCCAGCGGCUCACGCGUGCAGAGGCGGGCAUCGGCGACGUGGACAAGCUCCGAUCAGUCGCCAUGACGGUGGCGCUGAAUGGAAGCGGCGUGCUGGACCUCCUGCAGCGCACGGGCGGCAGGGCCCCCGGCUCCGCGGGGGAACUUGAGACCUUCCUCCGCGAGGCGUACGCCCAAAGGGUGCAGCCAUACUCAGUGCGGCACCUGCCCCAGCGGGCCUUGCGGGACCCCAUCAUGGCGCUGCUGGGGAAGCCCCUGUCGAAGGCCCGGGAACGCACCUACGUCCGUACCUGCAUGCAGGGACUCAACGCCUGGAUACCUGCAGGUUUCCUGAUGGCGUCGCAGACCUUGUGGGACGAUCUCCUGCAGGCAGACACGCACGGCGAGAGGUACGCCCACGUGGAACGGGCGCUGCCGGGCUACGGAACACUCCUGGGGAAGAACCUGGUGAACUGGCUCCAUGCCCUCAGGCUGCUCCCCAGCAGGCCAGACGAGGACUUCCUCGCCGGGCACCCGGACGGGCCCGGCGCCGAUGCCUUCCUGCAGAUGCACGGGGGCGGGCGUGACUGCCUUCUGCGCCAGGUCAACGAGCUCCUGCAGGGGAUCAAGACGGUCACGUGCAAGGGCCAGCCGGUCCGUGGUUGGACGACCCCAGUCCUCGAUAGCGAGAGCUGCCAGUUUAUGGCCUGCGCGGCCAGCCGCCUGGUCGAGGCCUUCACGAGCGGCCGUGUGCCACAGCACCUCCGCCGCAACGCCGUCGUGGCAGCCGAAGAAGCCGAGAUCCUCGCGAGGUGCGCGUCCUGGACGCCCGGGGUCGAGGCGGCCGCGAGCGGCAGCGCCUGAGGGCCGCGGCGGGGAGCCCCCCCAUACCCCUGCUCGCAGGCGCGGGCCGGCUGGG